CUCUUGAUCAUCUACGCUCUCUCUCUCUCUCUCUCUCUCUCUCUCAAUCUGUGAAAAUUUCAUGAAACACAGUUUCUGAAUCUGCGUUCUUCGUCGAUAUUAAGGUUUCUGAAAAUGGAGGAACUCAGAAUCUCCGGUCUGUUGUCGGCUGCUCUUCUCAUCCUGCUUCUGUCACUGCCACUUUCGGUUACUUCGGCGGUGACGUCAUCAAAGGAACAAGUCUCCUGCACAAUGUGCACUUCUUGCGACAACCCAUGUAACCCUAACCCGUCUCCUCCUCCGCCUCCGCCUCCGGCCAUCACCACCGCCGCCUGCCCUCCCCCGCCUUCUCCCCCGAGCUCCAGCGGCGGCGGUUAUUACUAUUCCCCUCCACCGCCGUCUCAGUCCGGCAACAAGUACCCUCCUCCUCCUCCUUACGGCGGCGGCGGUGACGGAUACUAUUAUCCGCCGCCGUACUACGGCAAUUAUCCGACUCCGCCUCCACCGAAUCCGAUCGUCCCUUAUUUCCCGUUUUACUAUCACAUCCCUCCGCCGGCGGCUUCCGGGUCGGAUCGGAUCUCGGGUCUGCUGUUCUCUUAUGCGCUGUUUCUCGUCUUGAUCUGUUUGGUUUGACGGAAAAUUUAUCAGGUAUUUCCGGGAAAAUCAGGAAGAAUGCCGUAAUAAUGUCGCAGAUUCGACGGAUCUUGCAAGCGAUCUGAAGGUUAGAUGAAUGUUGGAUCCAGUGAACACAUGUUCUAGUUCCCUUCGAUCUAUAUCCCUUUUCUUAACUUUUUUUCUCCCUUCAACUUUACUAAAUUAAUAUUUUCUUUUUUUUC